AUGUUUGUCGGCACUGAUCCAUGCCCACAAAGCAAUGGCCGUAGCCUGCUUUCGUGCGCUGCCCAGGACUCCGACCACACAGCAUGUUGUCGCGCAAGUGGAGUACAGCUCACUGCCGCUGGCAAUAAAUGUCUCGGUUUCUGUCAAAUGUCUCCCGGAUCCGAAUUCCAGGUAAACAGCGUUAUUUCAACAUUCACGCAUACCAGUGCAGUUCAACUGAAGCAUAACUGUACCCCAGUGGGUAAGCGAGGCCUCAUCAGAGGCCACAGAAUGCCUAGCUCAGUAGCAAAAUGCUGA